AUGGUUGGCGCAGCUGGCGUUCUGGCCCUGCCAAAGAGGCAGCAACUCGCCGAACAAGCGCCAGAAAAACCUGCAAAGAAAUCCGCAAGGUUGGUCGGUGCUGAUGCUUCAGAUCUCUUGGCAGCUGGCGAGCUGCAUGGCUGGGGAGGAGAUUAUGAGGAUGUACCUCCUUACCAGCUGUACGACCUGUCCAAGGCCGAGAGGAAAUUCAAGAGGUACGUGGAGGAGGCUACAAAGGCUUUCGACAGAGAGUGGGUACCCGAAGAUGGAGUGGACCUAGAUCAGGUUCGUGUCCUCACGAUGGGCCAGCCCGAUCCUAAACCGGUGCAGGGACCUGGUAUACUUCAGCUCGCGAAGGACCCAGCUCGGAGAGAGGAGUGCCCAGUCUGCAAUGCUGAGUGGGCACAGGCCCUUCGAUGUAUGUCGGAGGGCAGACCUCCUCCAGCACGGGAGGCUCCGUCACCACAGAUGGCACGCAAGCAGUCAACGGGGCAGAGGCGGAACCCUUCGCAGAAGAUGCAUUCGGUGCAGUGUACCUUCCACUGGUUUCAGCAAAACCUCUGCGCCCUCCUUUGCAACCUGCGGUUCGACUCCCGGGGAGCCCCGCGUCCGUCCCCGCCGACUCCCGGCGCGGUACUUCCUCCACCAAUGCUCGACGUGUUGCAGUACUGGAAGAAGUCAGGUGGCCACAGGGAUCGUCCGGCGAGACUUGGGCCCCCGCAGGAUUAG